CCUCUCUCUCAUUUCCCCGUUCUCUUCCUUUCACAACUCUCUCUUCCAAUCCUUCUCUGAGACGACGUGUACGAAGCUCCCGUUAAAUUCUCGCCGGGAAACGCAAAAACCCAUCUACCCUUUUGGCUCCUCUCUUAUCUCUUCGUGAAAGUAUCGAUCCCGGAAUUCUUUUUGUCCAUAUAGCGUCAUAAUGAAUCCAGAAUAGAGAAACAGCAAAUUUCAAGCAUUUGGAACUUUGUGAUUGUGGCUGAAACGACAACUAGAAUAUAAUCUCUGCCUGGUUGAGAGGUGGAUGUCGAUCUUGUCCUUUUGGUAACUAGUUGGUCUAGGCUGUAGCAGUUGGAAUUAUAACUUAAGGUUGAUUUGUUUACCAAUGAAACUGUGUGCUGUUAUGAGACUUUUUUCUUUGUCAGUUGUCAUUAAUCAUGCUGCAAGCUUCACUGGUGGUGAAGAUGUUGAUCACAUAUCAGAUUGGCCUUCUAAUUUCAUCGACUAUCUUUUUAAGCUUUUGCUCAUUGGAGACUCUGGCGUUGGCAAAUCAUGUCUGCUCUUGAGGUUUGCUGAUGAUUCAUAUCUGGAGAGUUAUAUUAGUACCAUCGGGGUGGAUUUUAAAAUCCGCACAGUAGAGCAGGAUGGGAAAACCAUUAAACUCCAAAUUUGGGACACUGCUGGGCAAGAACGUUUUAGGACAAUUACAAGCAGCUAUUAUCGUGGCGCUCAUGGUAUCAUUGUGGUUUAUGAUGUCACCGAUCAAGAAAGCUUUAAUAACGUAAAGCAAUGGCUGAAUGAAAUUGACCGAUAUGCAAGUGAGAAUGUAAACAAGCUUUUGGUUGGGAACAAGUGUGAUCUUGAAUCUCAAAGGGUAGUGGCAUAUGAUACAGCCAAGGCUUUUGCAGACGAAAUUGGGAUUCCUUUCAUGGAAACAAGUGCAAAAAGUUCCACCAAUGUUGAACAGGCUUUUAUGGCAAUGGCUGCCGAGAUCAAGAAUAGGAUGGCAAGCCAACCCGCAAUGAACAAUGCCCGACCACCUACCGUACAAAUUCGAGGACAGCCUGUAAACCAAAAGUCUGGUUGCUGCUCCACCUGAAGAAAAUAGUUGGAUUAACUGAUGAUGAUGAAGCCUAUGCUUGUGUUCUCCAUGGGGUGUAAAAUUACUCGCCGUUCGCAGGAUUGCUUAUUUGAUAUUGUUGUUUCAGAACUAUGCUAAAACAUUCAUUCUUUUUACUGUAUUUGAUGUUAAAGUAAACAUUUGUACAAAUUAGGAAAAUAUUGGUUAAUAGCAAUAUUUACUUUCAUUACCUUGGCC